AAUACGUUUUCUGAUUUGAAAAAAAAAAAAAUGUUUAUUUCGUAUUUCUAUUUACUCUAAACGAAAAAUAAUAAUAUUAAUAGGUACAAAAUCAGGGGCCCCAAUUGCCAUAAAGAAGCCGGGGCCCCGUCCGCAAUAUUGUGGACUAGCGGUUAGUCCGACUCUGGUUGACUGUUGUUAUAUUGAUUAUGUAUAUUGAAACUAAAAUAUUAAUAAAAUAAAAAAUGCCAUACUACGGAAAGGAAGUAGGUAUAUAAUUUUGUACUUUUGCAGACUUGAGACAGCAGCGUAUUAUAUUUGUACAUUAUAAUAUUAUAUUGUGUAGGACGGGCAUAGAGCACCGGGCGCCCGGUCACACUGUAGAGCACCGGGCGCCGGGUCAUACCAUAGAACAAUACUGUAGGAAACCAAUACAAGUUUAUCUUUAUAUAUUAAUUUAAUUAAAUCAUUUUAGUUUAUCUGUCAUCACUUCAUCCUUCAUCGUCCGAAUUGUAUAAUAUACUAAUCUGUGGAUAUGUGUUGUAUGCGUUUUAAAAUUUAAAGUUACAUAAUAAUAUAAUAAUAUUAUUCUAAUAAUGAAGCUGGGAGAUACAUUUAGCUCAUUCGAAGCAUUUGAAAGUUGUUUCACGGUCUACAAAGAUACCAACUUUGUAGACUAUUUUACAAAAGAUUGUAAAACACUUUCUUCGAUUAAUGCCAAAUUCCCCAAUGGCAGAAUGAGAACAGCAUCAAAAGAAUUAAAAUAUUAUUAUAUUAAAUUUUGCUGUAUACAUGGUGGAACAUACAAAAAAAAAAAAAUUAGUCUUGAUCAACGUGUGACAUCUACAAUGCGUCAAGGCUGUGAAGCUAGUAUUUAUUUAAAAGCAUCUGAAAAUGGGAAAUUAUUAGAAAUUACAAAAUUUAAUGAAAAUCAUAAUCAUGAAAUUUCAAGAACUUUAUAUAGUCAUCUUCCAAAUCAAAAAAAAACUAUACCAGAAACCAAGGCAAUCGUAUUACAACUUAAGGACCUUAAGGCAAACAAAAAAAUGGUUCAGAACAAAAUUAUGAAACAAAGUGGUAAAGUAAUUACUCUAAAGGAUUUGUCCAAUAUUCGUACGACAGCCGGAAAUCAUUAUUCAAAGAAUGACUUAGAUGAAGUUGUUACUAAAUUAAAGGAAAAAUUUAACUGUAUAGUAGAAAUAUCAACAGAUGAAACAAAUAAUUUGAAUGGUAUUUUUAUACAAGACAAAGUUAUGGCAGAGUCUUUCAGUUCAUUUCCAGAAAUAGUAUUUGCAGAUGCCACAUAUAAACUGCUAGAUUUAAGGCUUUCAGUUUAUGUUCUGAUGAAUGAGGAUGGUAAUGGGCAAAGUGAAAUAGUGGCAAUUGGUUUAUUAGUAAACGAAGAAGAAAUCACCUUGAGCUGGUUCUUUGAAACAUUUAAAAAAAACAAUCCAACUUCUAUUAAGACUCGUGCUUAUGUUACCGAUAAAAACAUGAAGGAAAGAAAUGUUAUUAAGUCAGUAUUUCCCAAUGCUGCUCUAACAAUAUGUUUAUUUCAUACAUUACGCACGUUUAAUCGAGAAAUUACAUGUGAAAAACAAAACUUAACACCGAAACAAAGAGAUGAUAUUAAACAAAUUUUUCAAAAUUUAACAUACUGUAAGACACAAUUAGAGUAUGAUUCUGUAUAUCACCAUCUUCAAGCUAUGGCACCUGAAUCUAUAAUGGAAUAUUAUAAAAAGAAUUGGCAUGCUAUACGCAAUGAAUGGGUUAUGGGUAUGACAUUUAAUACUGUGAAUUUUAUGAAUAAAACCAAUUACAGGUUUGAGAGUUUUAAUGGUAAAUUGAAAUCUGUAAUAUCUACCUUUUCCACACUAGACGACUUUGUAGAAAAACUUUUCAUUGUUUUGGACUGUGUGCGAUUAGAAAGGGACAAAAAUGCUAUAAAAUUGGUCCAAAAACAGCCAACUCAAAAAAAUACAAUUCCAGAGCUACAACAGUUUUAUAGUUCAUUAACACCAUAUGCAUUCAAUUCUUUAAAAACACAAUUUGAAUGUGCAGCAGAAACUGAUGUUCUUGAGAAAACAACAGAAAAUAAUUGUAGUUGUCUUUUUUACAACUCUAUGAGAUUACCGUGUCGUCAUAUAUUCAAUUUAAGGAAAAAACAGUCUCUAUCUUUACAUGAUAAUAGUUUAUUUGAUGAAAGGUGGACUAGGAACUUUUAUUACAAAAACCAAAGGGUUUUCAAGAAUGUUGAGGUCAUAAACACUGACAAUGACAAUACUACAAUGACAACUUUGUACAAAAAAAAGAAAAUUCUCACUACUCAUGAGAAGUUUUGUGAGGCAUCGAUAAUAGGAGCAAAGAUUGCUGACCUAGUUUCAAAAUCAUCAAAUAUUCACUACCACCGAAAAAUCGAACAGUUGGAAUUUGUUUUUAACACUUGGUUAAAAGGGCAAGAAUUAUCAUUACAUAUAUUAGGUGCAGAUGAUCAUGAAGUUAUGGAUGUGGUUGAAGAAGAGUGCUGUGAAAAUAAUGAUAUUGUGGAUGCCAUUGAGGAUAAAUGUGAUUUAUCUUUGAAUAAUUGUAUUGGGCUAAUGGAAGGUACAGAUGAUGAAGUUAUGGAAGUGGUUGAGAGAGUUCUGUGAAAAUAACGAUGUUGUGGAUGCGGUUAAGGAUAAACGUAGAAGUAAAGGUGCAGCUAAUAAUGCAGAUGUCAUUGAUAUCAUGGAAAAUACACAUGCCGCCUCAACAAUUUGUAAUAGUCAAGGAACUUGAAUGAUACAAUAAAGAAAAAAAGGAUAAAGAGUAAGAUUUUGUUUUGAAUAUAAUUAUAAGGAUAAUUACUUUGUAUGUAUUACCCAACUAAUAACUAUAUAUUAUUAUAAUGUGACCAUCGGUUAUUCGUACAGCCGAUUAAUAUCUGUGAUUUAUUAUAUUAUUAAAAUUAUAAGGAUAUAGACAUAAUUAAAUGUUAAAAUAAAAAUUACUAUUCUGUAUGUAUGUUAAUACAUACUAAUAAGUAAUAACUAAUAAUACUUACUAUAUAUUAUUAAGUGACUAUUGGUAUUCGUACAGCCGAUUAAUAUCUGUGAUUUAUUAUAUUAUUAAAAUAAUAAGGAUAGACCUAAUGAUAUAUCAAUUAUACACAUUUUUAUAUUUACUAUGUUACCUGGUGUUCUAGUAUCUAUCCGGGCGCCCAGUGCUCUAGACACAGCGUUUAAUAAACAUUAUAGUUUUAAGUUAGGUACCUAUUAUAUAUAUAUAAGUAUUCAUAACAUAUUUUAAGCUUAUUUGAUGUAAGAAGGAAAAAAAUAAAAAUGUACACCUAUAAAAAAUCUAG